GCCCACCCGUUUGUGGUGUCCCACUGUUCUAGUGUAGACUGUCGUCAAUUGCCACUACCUUCUCUCGUCCCCUUUUCGUCGGGCCCUGGCCUUCUUUAAUUCUACCCUCGACCAGCGAUUGCUCCUCUUCAAUUUACCUUCAAUUUCAGCUUUUCUUCUCUUCCUGCGCCUCUUUUGUUAUCGCAAAGGGCGUUGACUUGGCGAGCAAUCAACUCGCUUUAUACGUUCCUAUUCAGAGACACAAUGGUUCACGCUGUACCACAGCCGCCUUCGUCAAGGCUGGCAACGCCACAGCCUCCCCUUGCCUCCAGUGGGAACCACAAGAGCAUCCCGUUGUCCUCGACAUCCCAUCCCGAUAACCCUGUUCCGGAAGAGCCUCGCGGAGUUCGAGCGCUAUCUGUCACCGACAUCAACUUCAGUGUCUCCUCGCCCUCAUUGCACGAAACCGAAUCCACAGGUUCCGAAUCACCCUCGUCCGCCCAGACGCCCAACACAGAGAUCUCGUCAGAUGCAGAGGAAUCCCUGCAAAAGUCUGCUGCGGAAGAUGGCUCUGAGAAGCCAAGCCGAGCCUCCACAGUCCUGAUCUCCCAGAACUCUGAGGAUAUGCGAAGAAUUCUAGAGAAUGUUGGCGUCGCGGGUACUCAAAAGCUUCAGCCUCUGUGCUGCGGGGGUGGUUGUUGUCGCAGCCAGCCCUUGACCAACAUCCCUACUCCAGCUGCUGGAGCGAAUGUCGUGGCUCCUCCGGACAACAAGGCUUACCAGAGCCUCAAGCUCAAUGUCGCUUAUCUCACAACCGAUAGUCAAUUGACGGACAUUGUUCCUCUGCCCGAGAAGACCGUCUCUUUCUCUGCAAUCCCGAAAUCAGCAGUUGACAUGCAACUGGGCUCUCCGGACCACCCGCCACCUUUUGUUCAGCCUCAUCCGCCAUAUGACGUCUUCCGUGCCCCUCUGUACCAUGCCCGAGAGUUGACCAAGUCCGGCGCAGAGAAGCGUACGUAUCACUUUGACAUCGAUGUAACGGACUAUCCCGCAGAGAGUGGUAGCGUGGACUUUGUCGUGGGUGGUGCUAUCGGUGUGUGCCCUAAGAACAAGGACGAGGAGGUCGACGAAAUCUUCAACCUACUGGGUGUACCUAAGUCGAUUCGCGACAAGAAAAUCACUGUUCGCACCGCGAAGGGCCGAUGGCCCACAAUCUGGGGUGAUGACCAGCCCCGAGAGCUUAUUACCACCCGGAGGGAGCUUUUGAAUUGGUGUUCCGACAUUCAGAGUUAUGCACCCACCAAGGGUCUAUUCCGGCUGCUUGCUGAGUACGCCAGUGAGCCAAACGAAAAGAAGAUUCUUUUGUUCCUCUCUUCCGCUCAAGGACAAGGUGCUUUCUGUGAUCUACGCACCAGCUCUCACAUCAGCGUCUCUCAGCUGUUGCACGCCUUCCCCUCAUCUCAACCUCCCUUGGAUUACCUCCUUUCUGUCCUGAACACCCUCAUGCCCCGUUUCUACUCCCUUUCUCAGGAUCCCCUCCUCUCGUGCAAGGAGAAGGGAACUCAGACCCGUCGCCUGGUUGAAGUCGCAGUGACCGUGGCCGAAUCAGACGACUGGAAGGGAGGGUUGCGUACGGGUGUCGGCUCUGGAUUCCUCGAGUCGCUCGCACGUAAAGUGAUCGAAGCCGAGAAGAAGGGUAUCGAUCCUUCCACUCUCAACAUCCAUGUUCCUAUGUUCCGAGGCCUGAUGGCCAACCCCUUGGCGAAGCAAUUCACCUCCGAUGGUCCCAUGCUUCUGAUCGGUGCCGGUGUGGGUAUCGCUCCCUUCCGCGGGUUCGUCCAGCGUCGCCUCCAGUCGGCCAACUGCGCAAAUAAGGUCUGGGUCUUGCAGGGUGUCCGUGACUCUCUGUUGGAUGAGCUGUACUGUGGCGAAUGGGGUGUCGACGAGGAGAAAGUGCGCACGGUAGUCCAAAGCCGCCGUGGCGAGAGCAAGUAUGUUCAGGAGGAGGUCCGUCAACAGGCCGACCUGGUUUGGUUCGUCAUCAACGCUCUGGAUGGCCGAGUAUUCGUCUGCGGAAGCGGCAAGGGCAUGGGCGAGGGCGUUGAGGACUCCCUGGUAGAUGUGGCCAUGGCCAAAGGCAAUCUGAAUAUGGAGGAAGCCAAACAAUUUUGGGCCAACAAGAAGGAAGCCGGACAAUACAUUGCUGAAACUUGGUAAUGUGUUCAGGAUCGCAGGCUGGAUUGAUUCCGGUCGUAUCACGGGGCUAUCUAGUCAAAUAUGUGUACUACACUGUUUCAUUUUAUUUUGGAUAUUUCUGGUUUAAUGCUGUUUUAGCGGGGUGGCAUGUUCAAAUAUCUGUUCACGGUUGAUCCGUGGAUCUCUGUCAUGGGAACUAAACAUAGAAUUAGUUCGGUAGCAAUACCUAAUGCACAGCUUCUUACAGCUUUUUCAAGUUCAACA